AUGCGAUGCGAUCACAAGGUUCCCAUAUGCGGGCGGUGCAGCGAAAAGUCCAUUGCGCACCAGUGCUACUAUCAUCCUGCACCGCUGACAAGGCCAAGUAGGCCUAGGGCAGGCACAGGUGGUAACAGUAUCAAUGCUUCCUCUCAAGACAUGACCUUCACCGAUGGCCAGGUCUACAGUACUCAGCCACUCCCUACUUCUGCAGGUACAUGCGCACAAAACCGAAUCCUCGCCUCAUCGCCGUCAUCAAUCGUCGUAGAGCCGAGCUACCAGUUCGGCCUGGUUGACAUCUCGAUGCAAGCCCACACCCCUCUGAGCCCCCCAGCUUCUGAAAUUCCCAUCAAACUCUCGGGGCCGAGGGUUGAUGUUGCGUUGAAGGAGGUGCUGGGGAAACUGAGCGAGAUAGACUUAAUCUCUGCGCUUGUUCGUUAUUGGUACGAAACCAGCCCGAUGUGUUUCUUGCCCGCCAAAUUCAUCUACCAGGCGCUUGAGUCCCUCGACUUAGCCAGUAGCCGCUUGAAACAAGGAUUCAUCGAAGUGGGCAAAUUAGGUGCUGAUAUCAUCGAUGCAACAUCGAAGCCACUUCAAGCCAAUUUGGACGCCGGCUCGUCGGACCCUUCAUCUCUUUUCACCACCUCGUCUUUGAGGCUAGAGAUAAUCGGGCUGUUGUUGACCACAGCGGCACUGGCCGCCCUUCAAAUACCGGCAGCUGAUGGCUUAUUGGCCUCGGUGCACAUGAGAAAAAAUGACCGACGACGCUUCGCUGCGAGUAUGCUUGCCGCCAGUGAUUCUUGCAUUGCCCUGUGCGACGGGAUUUUCGACAUCAACGACGGCAUGAUCUGGUUGAGACUGGAAAACCUCAUGCUCAUUAUGAAGAUGUAUGGAAUGAAGAAUCUGCAUCGCGAUGCUCCCGAGGCUCCCCAAAAGGUGACGGUGUUGGGGGAGAUACGGGCAAGGGUAUUCGCCUUCUCAUACGACAUUGACAAACUCUUGUCAUAUACCCUGGAGAAGCCGCCGAGAUUGCCAUUGCAUUACUGCAAUAGGCGUCUGCCCCUCCACCUCCGGGAUGAGCAUUUGCUAGCUCAUGGGCCCGCGCAAGGUGUCUCGAUCAGCUCCUUGUCGAGCGACGGCUGGAGUCGCGAUGCCAACUUCCACCCAACGGCAUGGCUGCGGGCUCGGCGCAUACUGGCCACAUCGAGGGAAGAAAUCCUGUCCAUCCACCUAGGCGCCAAAAUGGCCCACGACGAAACCGUGAUGAAGCUCAGGUCAAUAUCUCAGCACGUUCAAGAGUCAUGGGAAAAGUUUCCUCAGUACUUACGAUACGACGAAAGCUGCUGGGACUCUCCUCUUUCGAGCAGCGUUUGCUCUACGCUCCUGGCCCUGUACCUAGAGUAUCUAGAUCUUGUUCUGCACGUCGAGAAGCUGAUACACGCCACCACAACCAAGAACAACACGGCGGCCUUGAUGGCAGCUACAUCACUGCUAACGGCUGUCGUGACGUCCUCCAAGCAGCUGCUGAGGUGCGGCGCCUAUGCAGACCACGUCUGGAAUUUGUCCUUUUACGGGCUAGCCGCCGGCACACCGCUUGUAACCGCGCUGAAAGAGAGCGCCGAGCUCGGGCGAAACGUAGCAUGCCCCUUGUCAUGGUCGCAGUUGUGUCGAGAACUCAGCGUACUUGCCACUGACCUCGAAGGUGUCGUCCAGUCCGGCGAGGCCACUUGUCUCGACUGCAAAGAAGGCAGUGAGCUGCUGUCAAGUACGCUGGACCAGGCGUUGAACGCGUGCAUCGUCACCGCUACAACUACGAGCUCGUAUGUUUUGUCUGGCGGAAGUCUGCAGAGCUUCGAGGAAUUCUCCAACGAAACAACCGACUCAGCUGAGAUCUUUCACGGGUUCCCUCUGGGCCUACAACGAGCGUUUUAUUUCAUGCGGAGCCAGCCCUGUUCAGCGCAAGAUUAUGUGUCGCUCUGGGGACAGAGGAGACGCCGUCUCGAAAGAACAACCGUGCCGGACUACUCCAAGACGAUUUUCGACGCUUGGGAUAUAUCUCUGGGUGCGCUGAGCGGCGACGCGGCAAACCUGCUGGAUCUGCGGACCUUUUUCGACCCCGACUCCGCGCCGCUCGGACUGCUUGGAGAAUCUGGUGCACUUUCGCCCUUCACAAGCUUCCUGGCGGAUCAUUUGCAAAGCCUGGACGCGACAAACUGCCUCGCGAGGCAGUCUCUUGUUCGUGUCACCACUCCAGGUCCGGUUCUUUCCCUCCACAGGUUCUUUCAAGACGUCGUCUUGAGCCGACUCAUGGCAAACAUGCCCAAAUAUGACCCAGUCAUGCACGUGGGCUCGUGGGAGAAAUGUGAGCUCUUCAUACCGCACCCGGAGCACAUGUACGGGCGCAUGUCGGGCGGAGCAUCGGCCACGGCCUUGAAUUUGCUCGUGAGCAUUACAUGGCGCAUCGCCGGCUACUGUCACGAGACUGGACAGUACUCCCUUGGCGAGUCUCUGCUACGCAAGGCCAAGAUGACGGCCACAUCGCAGAGCGGUGUCCGUCCCAGUCUGCUGUCCAAGAUUCGUUACUACGCCGGCCGCGUUUGCCAAGAGACCAAUGAGCCCGGCCAAGCCGUGGCUAGUUUUCGCAUGGCGAUAGACUUGUGGGAUCCAGAGGCUCGUUCGUUUUCGUGCAGAAACGACGACGCGUAUCUCGCCAUAGCUAUACCUGUAUCCAUUUCAGUCUGA